AUGGGGAGCAGAGCGCUCAGCGAGAGGCAGAACUGGACCCUCGGAACGCACUCGUACCUUUUACAGGCCACUGCGGGCAUUCUCCCAGGUGGGAGACAGCAGUGCCCUCGCUCACAAUUCGUGCCUAAAGGCACACAUCCCAAGUCCCCGCCUUCCCCUGCCUGUCAUUCCCGGCAACGCCCACCCCGAGGCCAGCCAGGCUUCUCCGUGACCUCCUCACGCUUACGGGAGCAGCAGUGCCAUUUGCAGGACGUGCCCUUGAAUACCUCCCUCCUAACUGCGCAACAAUGGCUUGGCACAGUCGACUGCAGGGGUUCUCGGCGCUGGCACCACCUGGCAGUCAGGAGACUUUGA